AUAAUAAGAAAAAAAGUCGUCGACGACCAGGGAGAACGCAUUCAAUCAAUCAACCAAGACUAAAUAGCUCGUCCACACAUUUCUGCUAGGAUCAACCAUAUUCAUCAAGAGAGUCUAGACUCUGCUACCCACAACUUCUUUGAUACAUUUCAUGAUGGAAUUCAUUGCUCCCAUCGUCUCCCUUCUGAGUUGUUUGAUCAAUUAUGUUUUGAAAAGAUUGACAACCCCUGAGAAUCUGGAAGAGAGAAUCCAUAAUCUUGAGAGAGCUCUAGAAGAGCUGACAGAGGUGAGGGAUGACUUGCAGAGGCAAGUGGAUCAAGCAGUGAUGAAAGGGCUGACUCUUUCCAGCCAAGUCAAAGGGUGGCUAGAGAGAGUAGACCAAGUCGUAGACCAAGUAAGGAUGAUUAGAGAAGACAUGGAUGAUAAGAAGAAAUGCCUGUUCUGUUGCAACUCGAAGUGUUUGUCGAGAUAUGAGCUAGGGAAGAGGGUCUCGGAGGAGCUUGAUCGAGUCAAUGAUCUUAAGGGAAAAGGAAAGUUGGAAGUUGGGUUGCCUGAUGGGUUGCUGCUUGUUCCAGCUGUGGAGAUUCCGAGCAGACCGGCGGUGGGGCUUGAUGUGAUGUUGGAUAGAGUCAAGCUGCUUCUCGGGGAAGAUGAUGUGGGGACUAUUGGGUUAUAUGGGAUGGGCGGCGUAGGCAAGACCACUCUGCUCAAGAGCAUCAACAACGGCUUCUUGCACCGGGAUCAUGAUUUCGACUUGGUGAUCUUGGCCGUUGUGUCGAGGGAUUUUGUGGUUGAGAAGGUCCAGCAAGCUAUAGGGGUGAGGCUGGGAUUGUCUUGGGAUGAAGCUCAGUUUCAAGAACUGAGAGCAUUGAGGAUUUACAGCAUCAUGAGGAGGAAGAAGUUUGUGCUGCUGUUGGAUGAUGUUUGGGAAGGUCUUGAUCUUGAAAAGAUUGGGAUUCCUGCACCUAGUAAGGACAACGGGAGCAAGGUGGUGUUCACAACGCGUUCCAUGGAGGUCUGCAGCGACAUGGAUUCCGACUGCAAGCUGAAGGUGGAGUUUCUCAAUGAGGAGGAAUCAUGGGAGCUAUUCCAGCAGAAAGUUGGAGAAUCUGCUGAGAUAGUUAACUCACCCUUGAUAUUGCCUCAUGCCAAGGCUAUGGUUAGGAAAUGUGGGGGUCUUCCGCUUGCUCUGGUGACCACAGGGAGGGCGAUGGCGAACAAGAGGAGUGAGCAGGAAUGGAGAUAUGCAGUAGAGAUCCUACACAAGACCCCCUCCCAAGUUCGAGGAAUGGAGGAUGUUUUCAAUCUUCUCAAGUUCGGAUAUGAUAACCUUGGCAGUGAUAAUCUGAGGUCAUGUCUGUCGUAUUGCUCGCUGUUCCCUGAAGACUACGAGAUUGAGAAAGAGCAGCUUAUUGAGUACUGGGCAGGGGAAGGCUUCUUGGGAAAUGGCAGUAACCUGCACAUAAUGGGGCAUGCCAUUAUUGGAUCACUGAAAGUUGCAUGCUUCUUGGAGAGUGGAGAAGAUCCGUCACGAGUCAAGCUGCACGACGUGGUGAGGAGUUUCCUGCUGUGGACGGUGCCUGAGCAACGGUUCAUAAUGCAGGCGAGCCAAGGCCUGACAGAGGCGCCGUCUGGGGAGAGAUGGGAACAAGCUGAGAGAAUCUCUUUGAUGGAUAAUCAGAUCACAGAACUGUCUCAAUCACCUCAUUGUCCCAACCUUUCAACAUUACUGCUCCACUGGAACAAUGGGUUGAGCAAAUUCUGUGAUGGUUUCUUCCAAAACAUGCCAGCUCUCAAGGUCUUAGACUUAUCCUUCACCAGCAUCAAAGAGCUUCCUCCGAGCAUCUGCAAAUUAGCCGCAAUUCACCAUCUUGAUCUAUCAGGAACUAAGCUAACCACACUGCCAAGAGAGCUUGGGUCUCUCACAAAUUUAAGGCAUUUGAAUCUGCAGAGAAAUCAAUAUCUUAGAACAAUUCCACGCGAAGCAAUAUCAGGGCUGUCUCAGCUGAGAGUCUUGAAUUUCUACUACAGUUACCAUGGUUGGGGGAUGCAAACCACCGCUACCGCUGCAGAUGCUAGUGAGCUAAGGCUUGCUGACUUGGAACGCCUGAGCAGCCUCGACUCUCUUGGGUUCACUGCAACCUCCUUGUCUGAUCUCCACAAUGUGUCGCGCAGCAGAUUCUUGCGUGGAUGCAUACACUACUUGCACAUCAAGGAGUGUGAAGGCCUGCAUCAACUGCCACUGUCAUCAUAUGCAGGAGAUGGCGAUCAACUACGGAGGCUUAGCAUCAACAACUGCAUGGACCUUAGGUACUUGACCAUCAACGAGACUGCAGGCGAGAACUGGCUUCCUAACCUAGAGAUCUUGGCUCUCAAUGGCCUUCCCAGCCUCACCACAAUAUGGAACAACGCAGUUAACGCCACAUGUCUACUAAACCUCAGAUGCAUCAACAUUUGGUACUGCGAAAAGCUGAAGGAUGUUUCUUGGAUACUGAGGCUGCCAAAGCUCGAGGUGGUUUACAUAUUUUACUGCAAGGAGAUGGAACAAGUGAUAAGAGAGGAGGAUGUAGAAGGGGAAGAUUACUCGAAUGCGUUUUUAAAGUUGAGGAUUAUGUCGAUAAGAGAUGCACCCAAGUUGAGAAGCCUCUGUAACAAGGCUAUGAUCUUUCCUUGUCUGAAGAGGAUUGCCAUCAUAGAUUGUCCAAAGCUGAUGAAACUUCCACUCAAAGCACACAAUGUUUCGGCAAUGCCAACAGUUUACUGCAGCAAAGAAUGGUGGAGUAAUUUGGUGUGGGAUGACACUGAUACCCAAGAUACCUGCUACCCCUACUUCAUGGAAGCAUGACAAUGUCCAAACUUUUUAUUUAUUUUGCAUAUUGAUGAGUAGAACUUGUCCAAACUUUAAUAGUUAAGCAUAUUAUUAAGAGUUCAAGAAUUUCAAGCAUCCAUCUACGUUAGAGCCGGAAGCAAUCUGGCUGAAGCUGAACAGUCGCUAAUGGUGAUGCGAAUAACUCAAAUCACCUCAUUUUCUCAGAUAAUAGCAUGAAAUUUUUCUCAGAUAA